UGUUUUUAUAAUAGAAUCGAAUUGCCGUUUAAUACAGGUGGAUUUAAAUUUCAAAUUGACAAUGAUUGAAAUAAUUGCUUACAUAAUUGGUAUUGUUCUUGUGAUGGUGUGGUGUUACUUCAAAUGGCAAAACAGGCGCUUUGAAAAAUUGGCUGCUAUAAUGCCGGGGCCUCCAGCGUACCCGAUCAUAGGAAUAGGAUAUACAUUUUUUGGCUCAUCAGAACACGUAAUGAGCAAAAUAAUUGAUUUGGUGAAAGAAUAUAAUCUAUCGCCAAUUAAACUAUGGUUAGGACCAUAUUUUGCAGUUUCCAUUUCUAAACCAGAAGACUUACAAGUAAUAACUUUUUAA